CUUCUGUUGCCGUUAGUAGCUGUGGUAUGAUCAGGAUCAGCUCUCUGUUCUCUUUACAAGAAUUAUAUUUGAACCCAUGUUUUAGACAAAUUUAAUUAAAUACAGUGUUUCAUGUAUAAUUUUGCCAUGUUUCGUACAUGCUUUUAACAUUAGCUAAAAUGUUGUCCGUUUAUUUUACAACAGUAAACUGCUGUCAGCUGUUCAUUGGGAGCUAUUGCUCCGUUUUUAGGGUUAUUUAUUAUAUUUUGUUUAAUGUUUAAGGGCAGGAGGUGCUGGACUGAUGUUAACUACCAACUUGAUUUUCUCUCAUUGUUAUUUAUGUUAAAGAUGAGAUUAGUCAUUAAUGAUGUAAAUUUAUGCGAUCACAGUCAGCUCGCCCCUUUCUCUGCUGAAGCUCUUCUCAGUCAGAAGCUCUUCCUCCUCAUGGCUGGUGGCCAUCGAGUGUCAUAGGAAAUCCAUCGCCGUGCGUCACCUCUGCUGCCCGUAUCCUGGGGGACAUGCUGCUCCCCUCUGCCUCCUUCUGCCAAUUCAACCCCGCCUGCGCUUCAGCAUGGAUCUGGCAGACUUGGAAGACAUGAGCAGUGGCUGUGAAGGCAAAAACUGCAGCUUAGCAUCAAGGCUCCAGGAGGACUGCAGAACCCAGGACUGCUACUGGGGGGAACCCAUGUUUGGACUGAUUGAGUUAGUUUGCGUGACGAUGGUUUAUAUUCCACUGAUGUUAUUCGGCCUUCUUGGGAACACCUUGACCAUACUGGUGGUGUGGCUUCGUCCGCACAUGAGGAGCUCGACGUACCUGUACCUGAGCAGCAUGGCCGUCAGCGACCUGCUGAUUCUCCUUCUGCUCCCUCUGGAUCUGUACAAGCUCUGGAGACCCAGACCGUGGCCCCUGGGAGACCUUGCCUGCAAGCUGACUAUGUUCCUCUCAGAGUGCUGCACCUUCUGCACCAUCCUCCACAUCACCUUCCUGUCCCUGGAGCGGUACGUGGCGGUGUGCUGGCCAAUCACAGCCAAGACCGUCGUGACGCGCCGCAGAACCAGGGUCAUCAUCGGCUGCCUGUGGCUGGGUGCGGCUGUCAGCGCAUCGCCCGUCUUGAUUAUGGUCGGAGUGGAGGACGUCGGGGGAGAGGAGUUUGGGCUCAACCAGUGGAGGGAGGAUGGGGGCCGGCUGGGCGGAGAGGGAGAACAGGGAGGGAUAAUGAUGAACAUAGCGGAGAGAGGAGGCGCAGUCAUGGCUUUGCUGGAUCCACGGUUGGAGGAAAUAAAGUUGGGAGAGAAGGAGAAAGAAGAAUGGGCUGAAGACCUCACAGGCUUUAUAUGGCUUGACGACAAAAACAGCAGAUCAAGAGAGGGAACUGAAUGGAAACCAGGGGACAUUAAAGAUAAAACAGAAGAAGCUGAUGAGCCAAAUGAGGAGAAAAGGAAGAUGGAAUUUGAGAAAAAUCAGCAAAACAAAAAGAAAGAAGAUGAGGGGGGAGGUAGAGAGGAGAGAGCCGAUUCAAGCCGUGGCGGAGAGAUCGACAGGAGAGAGUGCCGCUGUACGCACUACGCCAUCUCCUCAGGUCUCUUGUCCGCCAUGAUGAUUCUCUCCAACUUGUACUUCCUGGUGCCCCUUUGCAUCCUGGGUCUGGUGUACACCCUCAUUGGACGAACACUGUGGCUCCGCCCAAAGAGCAGCAGAAGAGACCAGAGUCACCGAAGCACAGUGAAGAUGUUAGGAGUGAUCGUCUUGGCAUUUGUGCUCUGCUGGCUUCCCUUCCAUGUCGGCCGGACUAUUUUAUCCCUUUCCCUCGGCUCCAGCGUCGAGAGACAAGACGCCUCCAUGAACGCCACGUCCCACGCUGACGCGAACACCGGCGCUCUCGAGAAAAUUAGGACAAAGCGACAGUCUCACAACAGUACAACGUAUGAAGUGCCAAACAGGACAGCGGCUCCUGGAGGCCCACAAAAGGUCAAACAAAGUCCCGGCCCUCCCACCACCACGAGCGCGUACACCGCGACGCCCCCCGACCUUUAUGUUGACGUCGCACUCGACGCUCUCUUAAACAGCACACACUCUCACCCUGACACUCACAUGUACUUUCUGUACUAUCUGUCUCAGUAUUUUAAUCUGGCGUCUUCUGUCCUCUUCUACCUCAGCGCCGCUGUCAAUCCGUUACUUUAUAACCUGAUGUCUGCCAGGUACAGACUGGCUGUCCACAGCCUCAUACACAAACACCCUCACACACACACACACCGCCUGCGCACGCUCACGGCUCGGCACUCCACCACCACCACCACCUUGUAAGCUACCAGCAGAGCUGCGACGUUCUCUCCAGAUCACCCCACAGAUUUAGGGCUUAGCGCCGGAAUGGCAUGGACGAAGGUUACUGUUAUAUCUUGAAAACCAUUUUUGUGUUGAUUCGGCAGAAUUUUUUUAAGUAUUCUUAAAAAAAAAAAUAAAAAAAAGGCCAGAAGACAAGUUUUCAGUCUUCUGGCAGAGGGGAUUAAUACAGCAAUUCCCAACAAAUCCACAGGAAAUUAAGCAAAAGUGCACAUGAAAUUAGGAAUAAAUAUGUAUGUUUUUUUUCAAUAUAAAUCUCAGGACAUCAAACUUGAAGUUACAAAUUGGUCAACUCAAGCUGACAUGGUAAGAGUGGAAAAGAAGACACAGCAGUUCUUUGAAGAAUGUUGAGUAACAUGAGCUGCAAAAUGACUUCCCUUAAGGAUCAAUAAAGUAUUUCUGAAUUGAA